AUGGGGAUUUAUCUGUCUGAUCCAAAGAUUUGGCAAUUUAAUACCCUAUUGAAAAGCGUUAAUUGCAGUGAGGGGACAUUGCCUGGCAUUUACCUUUUUUAUGUAUAUGAUACGAGAAGACCUUUUUCAGUGGCUAUUGGUGACAAUUAUUUCAGUGGGUGGCUUCCUAUGUCUAUGCAUAAGCUCGUGAAUUGCAGAUAUCUUGAUGUGAGUGGCAAUUCGGUAACUAGGAAUUCCUGGCUGGAUUGCAGCUAUGAUAAGCCUGGAGUUCUUGACCUUUCGAACAAUAACUUUACUGGUGAGAUACGGGGCUCCAUAGGAAAUCUUCAAUUGUCGAAAAAUCAGUUUGUAGGAAGCUUACCAGAGUCUCCUGUGAAUUGCAUAAACCUUAAGAUAUACUGGAAGCAUCUGUCAGCAUCCUAUCAAUCUCUUCAAGACUUGGAUUUGUCGUCCAAUGCGUUAUGUGGUGAAAUUUCAUCUUCCAUUAGGAAUUUCAUCAGUUUGCAGUUCUUGAAUAUUUCCAGGAACUCUUUAGUUGGUCUCGUCCCUGCAAAUGUAGGUGAAUUGAACAACACUCUCGUCCUUAAUCUUAGUCAGAGUCAGUUAAAUGGAAGCAUCCCCUUUGAAAUAGGAAGAGCAGUUCCAUUGCAGGAAUUAAGACUCAAGAGCUAUUUCCUUCCUGACAGCAGAUAUAAGGAACUGCUCAUCUCUUACCUCUUUAUUUAUGGAUUUGAUGAUGGCUUAUCCAACCUUCAGGUAAUCGAUUUGUCCUUCAGUCGCUUCACCAGAAGUUCACCGAAAGAAAUUGCUGAUCUUUCCCACCUUAUUACCUUCAAUAUUUCCUACAUUCAUCUCCAAGGUGAACUUCCAGGCGGUGGCUUCUUCGACUCAAUCCAUUGCCCGUCAUUGCUAUUUCAAGCUCAUCAUGUUUCUGGUGAUGCUGAGAUUUUAGGAGGGACCAAAGCACUUCUCAAUAAAAAUUAUAAACUAGGAAAGAUCAGAACGCAGAAUCUGGUGGUGCUCGAGGGGUAUGACUGGACUUCAUCUCUACAGAACCUCGUGUUUACAGAUGUAUCUGUGGAGGAAGUUUGUAUAAACAUCUCCACGAAGGAGAGACUAGUGGAUUGCCUAUGUUUUGAUGGACAAUUCUGGAGAUCCCAAGGUGGGAGAUUUUGGCCUGGAUCGGCUUUUGCCUGCAUUAGACUGUUAUAUCUUAAGCAACAAGAUUCAGAAUGCACUUGGGUACACACUCCGGAAUUUGCAAGUCAAACUGUGAGGAUAACCGAUAAAUGUGAUGUUCAUAGAUUUGGGAUCUUGACUCUUAGGGUGUUGACGGGGAAGAGACCAGUAGAAUACAUGGAAGAUGACGUGGUUGUUCUAUGUGACGUGGUGAUGGAAGCAUUGGAUGACGGCAGGGUGGAGGAAUAUGUUGACCAGAAGCAUCGGGGUAACUUUCCAUUCCAUAAACACUACAGACAUGGACUAGGUGAUCAGAAUUUUGGAACUAAUCCAAUGUCCUUCAGAGUGUCCAGAAGAGCUGGAAAUAUCUUACGUAGAAUAGAUAGAUAA